ACUCAAAGGAUUUCAUUUUAGAGCCUGCCCUAAGAACUAUAUAAAGAGGGACGUUUAAGGAACUUGUACUGAAAAGGAACAGGGUAAUUUAGGCUAAGUUAUUCAGGAGUAGUUUAGAAUGAAGUUUCUUCUAUUGAUACUGGUCCUGCAGGUCACUGCUUCUGGAACUGUUCCCCUGAGGGAGCAUACAAGCACUGAAGAAAAUGUGGAAUUUGCUGUAAGGUACUUGACCAACUAUUAUGACUUCACGUUGAAGGAAAGUCCAAGCAUAAAAAUGAAAGUCAAUAAUAACUACAUGGAGAAUAAAAUUCAAGAAAUGCAGCAAUUCUUGGGACUAAAAGUGACUGGGCAACUGGACACAUCUACUCUGGACAUGAUGCACACACCUCGAUGUGGAGUGCCUGAUGUGCAUCAUUUUCGGGCUCUGCCAGGGAGGCCAGUAUGGAAGAAACGUCUUAUCACCUACAGAAUAAAAAAUUAUUCUCCUGACAUGAAGCGUGAGGAUAUUAACUAUGUCAUCCAGAAAGCUUUUCAAGUAUGGAGUGAUGUGACCCCUCUGAAAUUCAGAAAGAUUUAUGCAGGCGAGGCUGACAUUAUGAUACUUUUUGCACGUAGAGCUCAUGGAGAUGGAUAUCCUUUUGAUGGCACAGCUAGAGUCUUAGCUCAUGCUUUUGGCCCUGGACCUAAAAUUGGAGGCGACGCACAUUUUAAUGAGGCUGUAACCUGGACUAAAAGCAACAAAGGACACUACUAUUUUUACUAUGGAUCCAACGUAGUUGAAUAUGAUGUCCUAUCUCAUGUCACCACAGAGCUGAAAAACAAUGCCAUUCAUUUUUGGCGCAAAUCCCUAAGGACUCUUGAACCUGGAUUUUAUUUGAUGUCUUCGUUUUGGCCGUCUCUUCCUUCAGGAAUAGAUGCUGCAUAUGAAGUUACUAGCAGGGAUAUCGUUUUCAUUUUUAAACGAAACCAGUUCUGGGCCAUCAGAGGAAAUGAGGUACAAGCAGGUUACCCUAGAGACAUCCAAUCCCUAGGGUUUCCUCUAGCAGUAAGGAAAAUAGAUGCAGCCCUUUAUGAUAAGGAAAAGAAGAAAACAUACUUCUUUGUGGAGGACAAAUACUGGAGGUAA